CGCUCGAACGAUAAGCAACUCCUGGAGCAGUGGCGGAACAACGCUCUCGGGGAGCGUUUUGUGAAUAAGUUGGGUGAGAAGUUGAAACCGGUGCAGUGUUCGGUUUGGGGCCAGGAGGAUUUGGGGCAAGUUUUUUUUUGUUUGCUACUGUGAGUGUGUGCCCGUGUUAAGUGUGAGCUCAGUGCUAUAAGAGGAACGUCUACGUCGUUCCACGAGUCAAGAUCAAGAUGCGACUGAACUGCAGAUGGCUGCUGCUAUCGCUGCUGGUACUUUUCACCGAAGCGAGAGAUGAACGGGCAUACCGUGGAGGGAAAGCUGAUUACAGGAAAGCAGAUCGCAAGGGAGAAACACAGUUUCAGCAUCAGAAAACUAUUGACGGAGCGGUGCUAGGAUGUUACGGUUACGUCGAUGGACAGGGAAAAAUGUUUGUCACACACUAUUUGGCCGAUGGGUCUGGGUACCGAAGUGUGAGUUUAUCUGCUCCGGAUAAAAUGACACGGGAACGGUUGAAACUGUUGAGGAACGGUGAGGAUGGCCCAGCUGCUGAAUUAUUUCCCGUCGACUGCACGGAGGAUGGCGAUCUGGGACGUUUGAAGAAUAUGGCCGAAAAGAUAAAGAAGGAUUUCGAGAGUAGCAAUGGUGAGGACGAACCGCAGAGGAAUGCGCCUUCUUAUGAUGGGAAGGAAAGGGCGAGCAGGCCGAAAGAAAGCGACAAACCUAUGGAAAGCAGCGACAUAAGAGAUGAUGCGAUUCAACCGAAAAAAGAAUCUGCAAAUGCGGUGCCAGCUGAUGCUCCUAAUAAAACGGGUAAUCGUCUGAUUAAUGUGAGGGAUCCAAGUUCCUUUAGAAGGCCAGUAAAGAAACCUGCAGGAAGCGCAAAGUCUCCAAUUGCUCAAGAACCGUCCCCACAACCAUCCAGUGAUGCAAUGUCAGCACCGGCAUCUAAGCCGAAGCAAGUAGCAAGCUUUGAAAAGCAGUCAAACCAAGUUGAUGAACCACAGCCGAAAAAUAGAGUGGAGAAACCAACAGACAAGAAACCAAGUACGUUAGCCAAGCCAAAUAGAAGACCGCAACCAGAUAAUAUUCCGAAAAGUAACUCCGUUGAUUCAGAAGCGAUUAAACCUAACGAAGAACUGAACCUGACACCUCAGCAAGUCCAACCCGAGGUACAAGCCAAGAAAGCAUCUCAAAAGCUUGACAGCAAGCACAAGAAGCCCAGCGAGGACUCCAAGUCAUCGGAGGAUCCUGAAAAUCAACAAGUCGAUGUGAGCUCAGAGAAACCUGAGGACGAGGCAGCCGAAGAGUCUGAUGACCCCAAGCAAUCAUCCAAAUCAGCGAAGGAACCGAGUAAGUCACAGCUCAAGAAGGGAUCUGAUAAGCCUGACAGUAAGAACAAGAAGCCCAGCGAGGACUUCAAGUCAUCGGAGGAUCCUGAAAAUCAACAAGACGAUGUGAGCUCAGAGAAACCUGAGGACGAGGCAGCCGAAAGAUCUGAUGACCCCAAGCAAUCGCCCAAAUCAGCGAAGGAACCGAGUAAGUCGCAGCCCAAGAAGGGAUCUGAAAAGCCUGACAGUAAGAACAAGAAGCCCAGCGAGGACUUCAAGUCAUCGGAGGAUCCUGAAAAUCAACAAGACGAUGAGAAACCUAAGUACGAGGCAGUCGAAGAGUCUGAUGACCCCAAGCAAUCACCCAAGUCAGAAAAAGAACCAAGCAAGUCACAGCCGAAGAAGGGAUCUGAUAAGCCUGACAGCAAGAACAAGAAGCCCAGUGAGGACUCCAAGUCAUCGGAGGAUCCUGAGAAUCAACAAGACGAUGUGAGCUCAGAGAAACCUGAGGACGAGGCAGCCGAAAGAUCUGAUGACCCCAAGCAAUCGCCCAAAUCAGCGAAGGAACCGAGUAAGUCGCAGCCCAAGAAGGGAUCUGAUAAGCCUGACAGUAAGAACAAGAAGCCCAGCGAGGACUCCAAGUCAUCGGAGGAUCCUGAAAAUCAACAAGACGAUGUGAGCUCAGAGAAACCUGAGGACGAGGCAGCCGAAGAGUCUGAUGACCCCAAGCAAUCAUCCAAGUCAGGAAAGGAACCGAGCAAGUCACAGCUCAAGAAGGGAUCUGAAAAGCCUGACAGCAAGAACAAGAAGCCCAGCGAGGAUUUCAAGUCAUCGGAGGAUCCUGAGAAUCAACAAGACGAUGUGAGCACAGAGAAACCUGAGGACGAGGCAGCCGAAGAGUCUGAUGACCCCAAACAAUCACCCAAAUCAGCGAAGGAACCAAAUAAGUCGCAGCCCAAGAAGGGAUCUGAUAAGCCUGAUAGUAAGAACAAGAAGCCCAGCGAGGACUCCAAGUCGUCGGAUCAUCCUGAAAAUCAACAAGACGAUGUGAGCUCAGAGAAACCUGAGGACGAGGCAGCCGAAGAGUCUGAUGACCCCAAGCAGUCACCCAAGUCAGGAAAGGAACCGAGCAAGUCGCAGCCCAAAAAGGGAUCUGAUAAGCCUGACAUCAAGAGCAAGAAGCCCAGCGUGGACUCCAAGUCGUCGGAGGAUCCUGAAAAUCAACAAGACGAUGUGAGCUCAGAGAAACCUGAGGACGAGGCAGCCGAAGAGUCUGAUGACCCCAAACAAUCACCCAAAUCAGCGAAGGAACCGAGUAAGUCGCAGCCCAAGAAGGGAUCUGAUAAGCCUGAUAGUAAGAACAAGAAGCCCAGCGAGGACUCCAAGUCGUCGGAGCAUCCUGAAAAUCAACAAGACGAUGUGAGCUCAGAGAAACCUGAGGACGAGGCAGCCGAAGAGUCUGAUGACCCCAAGCAAUCAUCCAAAUCAGCGAAGGAACCGAGCAAGUCGCAGCCCAAGAAGGGAUCUGAUAAGCCUGACAGCAAGAACAAGAAGCCCAGCGAGGACUCCAAGUCAUCGGAGGAUCCUGAGAAUCAACAAGACGAUGUGAGCUCAGAGAAACCUGAAGACGAGGCAGCCGAAGAGUCUGAUGACCCCAAGCAAUCACCCAAGACAGAAAAAGAACCAAGCAAGUCACAGCCGAAGAAGGGAUCUGAUAAGCCUGACAGCAAGAACAAGAAGCCCAGCGAGGACUCCAAGUCAUCGGAGGAUCCUGAGAAUCAACAAGACGAUGUGAGCUCAGAGAAACCUGAAGACGAGGCAGCCGAAGAGUCUGAUGACCCCAAGCAAUCACCCAAGUCAGAAAAAGAACCAAGCAAGUCGCAACCCAAGAAGGGAUCUGAAAAGCCGAACAGCAAGAACAAGACGCCCAGCGAUGAUUCAGUGUCGUUGGAGGAUUAUGAAGAUCAACUAAACGGUGAAAGCUCAAUUAAACCUGAAGACGAGGCUUCCAGAGAGUCUGAUGUGGAAGAACUUGACAGUAAGAUAAAGGAGCCCAGCGAGGAAUCGAAGUCUUUGGAGGAUUAUGAUGAGCAACAAGACGAUGUGAGCUCAGAGAAACCUGAGGACGAGGCAGCCGAAGAGUCUGAUAACCCCAAGCAAUCAUCCAAAUCAGCGAAGGAACCGAGUAAGUCACAGCUCAAGAAGGGAUCUGAUAAGCCUGACAGUAAGAACAAGAAGCCCAGCGAGGACUUCAAGUCAUCGGAGGAUCCUGAAAAUCAACAAGACGAUGUGAGCUCAGAGAAACCUGAGGACGAGGCAGCCGAAAGAUCUGAUGACCCCAAUCAAUCGCCCAAAUCAGCGAAGGAACCGAGUAAGUCGCAGCCCAAGAAGGGAUCUGAAAAGCCUGACAUCAAGAACAAGAAGCCCAGUAAGGACUCCAAGUCAUCGCAGGAUCCUGAAAAUCAACAAGAAGAUGUGAGCUCCGAGAAACCUGAAGACGAGGCAGCCGAAGAGUCUGAUGACCCCAAGCAAUCACCCAAGUCAGGAAAGGAACCAAGCAAGUCGCAGCCGAAAAAGGGAUCUGAAAAGCCUGACAGCAAGAACAAGAGGCCCAGCGAGGACUCCAAGUCAUCGGAGGAUCCUGAAAAUCAACAAGACGAUGUAAGCUCAGAGAAACCCGAGGACGAGGCAGCCGAAGAGUCUGAUGACCCCAAGCAGUCGCCCAAAUCAGGCAAAGAACCGAGCAAGUCACAGUCCAAGAAGGGAUCUGAUAGGCCUGAUAUCAAACUUGCUGCUAGAACACAACCGGCAGAUUCUCCCCUCACCGAUGUCUUCCCGACACCACCAUUUGAAGCAGAUCCGUUUCCAUCUCGACUUGGUCUUCCGAGCGAUUCAAACGACGUGCUAGCUGCCAUCAGUAGAGUUUUACCAGUGAUUCGUGAUAUCGGACCACCGUUCGUUACUACGGGCUCGCCGGAAAAAGUGAAACCAUCGAUGGCUCCGAAAACAUCCGCCUCGUUCAACGGUGACGUGUACGAUGAGGUCGAUGAUGACGAGGACACUGAUACAGUUGAUGCAGUUGCACCAGCGAAGCAAAAUGAUCCGGGAAAACCGAGCCAUUCCACACCACCACCACCGUCGGAUAUGGGCAGCUGUAUUGAGAUCAUACUGAAGGUACCGACCGAUGCCAGGCAUGUUAUCGUGCGUACGGAGCAUCCUCAGUUUAAAACGCAGGAAGGUGCACCGUUGAAUGAGCUUGUCAAUAAGAUUGCGCCUGGUGUGUACGAUGUGCAGUUGGCCAAGUUUGACAAGGUGGUGUUUGAAAUGUAUGACAAAUAUGCAAUCGAUGAAGAACCGCAAACACCCAAUAACCUCGGUAAGGCAUUCAACUACGACGAGCUGGUACCGAAGCCAAGCAAUUCGGGCCCUAGCCAACGAGUGCCUGGAGACAGCGUUAAUGCUUACCUGCCCAAGGUUGAUACUGCUCGAUCACGGGUAGGUGGUGUGGAUGAAAAGAUGGCAAAAGCGGACAGGGAGGAGAAAAGCGCUCAAAGCCAGCGUCGUAUUCCGGAUAGAUUUUUAGCGAUGGGCCGACGAGGUUGAAUAAAGACUGGUUUGGAGUGGAAUGUUCGUUAAAAAGACUUGACAUACAGUUCAAUGCAUAUGACAAUCAUAAGAAAUAAAACAUGGUGGAAAAAUAGAAAAA